GUGGAAGGACUAAGCUAGCUACGUACGUAAAGACUGGCAAAUGAAAUUGUAAACGACUGCGAGAAAUCAUCACUCCCCUGUUCAUCCAAGCUGAUCAUCAUGACUCCGACCAGUCAGCCCGGUGUGAUCACCCAGCAGCAGUCUGGCCAGCCCUUGAGAAAUGGCCCUAGCCCCAACACAUCCUAUAAAAAGGUUCCCGGACUGAUGGGAUUAUCGAUAGUCCACAUCGUGCUGGGGAGUCUGAGUACUCUCUUGGGGAUCGUUGCGAUAAUAAUUCGCUGCAGUUCUUCGUAUGCUGGAUGGGGAAUCUGGAGUGGACUUGUGUUCUUCCUCUUGACUGGAAUUCUGGGUUUGGUAGCUGGGUAUCAAAAGAACAACAGGUGCAUGGUCAUUGCAGUGAUGGUGAUGUCCAUACUCACAGCAGUGGCAGCUUGCCAGUUGCUGAUUGUCUAUGGCAUUGCGAUCGCUUCUGACUCCCAUUACUAUUGUAACCCACAUCCUGGACGGCCGUUUGGUGCUUCGUGUAUUGUUGGACCGGCACCCCGUCAAGCCGUUGAUUCGCUCUUGGCCAUACUCGGCCUAGCUGAGAUGAUCAUCAGCAUCGUGACUGCCUCUAUGUCCUGCUAUGGCGUCUGCGCAUGCUGCAACUCCUACACCCCUGUUACGGUGCAGUACGUGCCUCAACCAGCCAAUGCACAGUUUGUACCCAUGACGACCAUCCAACAACAGCAGCAGGCUCCGGGCAUCCGGUUUGCGGGGAUGAAUGCACCGCAGCAAUUCCAGCAACACCCAAUGCAGAUGCCUGCUGCCGCUAGAGGAACCUCGGCUGGUCCACAGUAUGCCAAUUCCCCCCAGGGAACUGCCUACGCUCCCCAACCCGUUGGAGGUCCUGCAUUUCAAGCACCGCAGCCUGUGAAUGUUGCCCCCCAGUCGACCGGCGUCGCUCCCCAGCAGGUGGUUGUCACUGUACCGGGCCAAGCCCCACCGACCAGGCCCGCUGGAGCCGGGAUGCAGACGGCCGAAGGACCGCAGGUGUUUGGUAACCAGAAGGGCGUUGCCGAAACCGGAGGAAGUGAGCAUUUCCAUCACGAUGACAAGAAAGGUCUUCUUGAAACUUCUUAAAUCGCUGUCCAACUGUCAAUGGUCCCUCCUUCCCAAAGCUUUUGUCGACUAGCGUUACAUUUAUUUUGAAGCGAAUACCCACGGAAGUUAGAGGGCCAAACCAGCUAAGAAAAUGAAACAAAGUCUUUUAUGAAAUAGUUUCCAAACGGUUCAAAACCAAGUUUGCCUAAUCAAACCCUUCUGAAUAUGUAAAUAUGAGGCGUGCUUUGUAGUGUAGAAAAUUGCUAUUAUUACAGCACUUAUAUCUUCUUUUGGUAAGGUAUCUGUCAUUUGUUAUGCACAUUAGAACAUUGUUUAAUAUUGCGCAUUAGAGAUGUCAUUAUUAUUACAUAUUUUAUUGUUAAACGGACACACAUCUUUAUAAUUGCUUUUAUAUUCAUUGCUAUAUGGCAGUUUCCGCUAUGUCAGGAAUAGCAAUUAUUUCCAUUAAAAGAGACAGACAUGUUUUGGUGGGAGAAGGUAUAAAGGUAUGAGUGCUGAAGAAAAGGAUUUUUAGUUAAUUGGAAAGAUUGCACUUAACUUGUCUUAGAAAAUGUGGUAGGUAGCAGAUGAAUGCAAUUGUGGAUCGGAGUCUAAGAUUUCAUUAUUACUCAGUUUGGCAUAACGAGGAUGACUUUCUGCAUACUCUACGUUUUGCUUCAGUGUGAAAUCGUUCGUGACUUUACUGAGUGUCCAGCUUUCCUCCUAAUUUAAUGAAAGAAUCAUUUUAGUGCCCAGAGAGAAUCGGUUUAAAGUGUCUUUGCAUUUCAACAUUUACUUGGAGCAGUCUUGCGAUUAAUACGGUUCAUUUGAAUUUGUUUUGUUGAAGCUUUUCGGGGAAGGUGGUCAAAUUUUAGCUUAAACCUGUGGCAAACAUUUUUCACAUUCAUGCUAAUUUUUGCGAUAUUUCUAUUUGUUUUAGUAGUUGGAUAAGUAAAAGUAGACUUUAAACGGUAAGAAACACUAGCAGGAAAAAAGGGCUGUUGAAAAAAGCUGAGGAGUGAUAACUUAACGAGAGGUUAUUUUUAUGUUAAUUGAUGACUGCCUUACUUCUGUUGUACAAAAUUCUGUCAACCUCAAAUUGACAAUUUUGCAAAUCACUGUUAACAGAAAUAACACAAAAAUGAACAACGCUUGAGAAAUUCCAAAAUCGCAAGCGAAACAAAUAAAAUCCUGCCUUGAUAUCACGUGCUUUGCUUUUAGAUAUCAUGCAAAGGAAUUCCUCAGAUUAUGAGAAAAUGACAGGAACAUGAGGAUCCCACGAAACAAAUUUCAGUGAGAAAAAAAAUCGAUAUACCUUCUUACAAUAUGUAAUUCGAGCUUACGUUUAAAUUGCAUUUGACUGUGUAAAGAAUCUCAGUUUCAAAAUUCCGUUCGCUUCCAUUCUGAAUUUGAUAACACCAAUUGGGAAAGACAGUAGACAAAAUUAACCGUGAUGGAGAAAAAAGAAGUCUUGAGUGCUUUCAAACAGAAAAUAGAUGAAACAAACCAGAGACAAAAUUGCGUUCGUACUAAAACUAAAUUGUGCACAUUCCUGCAGAAAAGAAAUACAGUGUGCUCAAAGGCAAUACGUCUGCAUGCAUGGACCAAGCGUGAGAGGAAGAAUUCUGAAAAGGAAAACUAGCUGAGAUUGUCAAAGACAACAGUUCAUAGAUCAAAAAUGUUAUAUAACUGACUUGGGUGACUUUCAGUCUCCUCAUGUGCCGCUGUUCUGAUGAGUCAAGUUAAUGAAAACCCUUGGAAAGAUUCAAAACAAAAAGCAUUAAGGUAGUUGGUUUUAUAAUUUAAUUUUGUGGGAAAUGGUGUCUGUAAAUAAAAUCAUUAUUAUUUUUAUAAAAAGAAUAUGACCCGUUAGAUUGAAUAUAUUGGAUAGAAAUUAUGCUUUCUUAUCUUGAAUUGUUCACAUUCUAAUGUUGUUUUGUACUCGUUUUAAGGUUACUAUCUUUGUUACAAUAAAGCAUGAUUUUAAAGGUGUGCCUUUGAA